CGAGUUGUCGGUAAUAGGAACAACUUUUUCUAUCGCACGCAUAUUUCUCUAUUCCUGACCUUUAAGAUCGGCUUCAUGAUCGAGUUUUUUUCUUGUUGCUGAAUAUUUUGUAUAAAAACAUAACUUUGGUUAGUGACUGUUAUUAGUAUCUUUCUUGGUCUACUUGGAAUAUCAGCCUAUUCAGCCUCAAUAUGUUCAAACUUAUUCUCGUUACUGUCCUUUUGGGAUUAGCUGCUGCCGAUAACAUCAACAAGGAUGCCGAAAUCCGCAGUUUGGACAAUGUACCCGCCGAUGCCGAAGGAAACUUCAAUUAUGGUUUUGAAACAUCCAAUGGAAUUUCUGUUCAAGAAAAAGGUAACGCUGCUGGUGUGAGUGGUGCUGCUCAAUGGAUUUCUGAAGAGGGUGUCCCAAUUCAAUUGGAAUACACAGCCGAUGAAGAUGGUUUCCAUCCAUCUGGUGCCCAUUUGCCAACCCCACCACCAGUCCCAGAAGCUAUUGUUAGGGCUAUUGAAUACAUCAGGACUCAUCCAUCAAAGGAAUAAUUUCAAGGUUAAGCUUAUAGUGUUCUAGUCAGUGA